ACAUGGUAUCUAAGCUUCCCUCUUGCCUAAAUUGCUUGUCCUCGUGACUUGGUUCUGGAUGGCUUACUACGUUGAUUAAUUUGGUUUCUGUAUGUUUUUUCUGUGUUGAUCAUGUGUGCAUAUCAGAUGACUAGAGUGACCCAGGCUACACUACUACACUAGCCUGACUCAAGGCUUUGUUUUCCAAGCCACUAUACCCGCCGGGGCCCACGCUGCCUUCAAGGGGGGAAUGUGACCAGGAGCGUAGCUGCUGAACCUUCCGAGAUGGACACCUUGUCUCUUUUUAUUUUCUUUUAUUUUCAUUUUUUUUUUUUUUUUCUCUCACAUGUUGUCCCUUUUUUGCCUCUUAGAAGAGUUGCAUAAUCAUUGUGUUGUUUUUCUUUUUUUUGUUUUGUUUUCCUGUCCCCUUGUCCCUCGUCCCCAAUCCCACAGUUGCACCCCUUUGCCUGUCUUUGAACGCUGUCCAGGUUGACUUGCCGCCCAGUGUUGGAGGGAAGUUUGAACGUGCGAUGCAGCCAACAUGAACGGUUGUCUUGUGUUGCACACCCUUUCCAACACUGCGACACGAUCGCCCCAGGGAGAAAAGCGCCCAUGCUUGAUAUCGUAUGGUUCAUGACCAAUAUGUUUCCAGUUCAGGAAAAAUCCCUGAAGAGGCAAAGGCGCUCUCACUUUUGGCCCCCGUCGCCCCAGUGACCAGUCUGAUGAGCGGAGGAGGACUUCUGCCCAUUCCUAGCCCCGCUACACUACAGAAUCGAGGUCUUCCUUUAGCUAAUCUGGGGGUCCUGAAGUCUAGUUUGGACACAUCUGUGGCGGCUCUAAAUGCAAUUGCUUCACAGCCUCCACUCACGGGAAAUGUAGAUCCCUCUAAAAUUGAUGAGAUCAGGAGGACGGUGUAUGUCGGCAAUUUAAAUUCACAGAGCACCACAGCAGAUCAGCUCCUCACGUUCUUCAAGCAAGUGGGAGAUGUUAAGUUUGUUAGAAUGGCAGGAGAUGAAACCCAACCUACACGUUUUGCUUUUGUGGAGUUUGCUGAUCAGGAAUCAGUGUCACGAGCGCUUACAUUUAAUGGAGUUAUGUUUGGCGACAGACCACUAAAGAUUAACCACUCCAAUAAUGCCAUAGUGAAGCCUCCAGAGCUCACACCUCAAGCUGCGGCCAAAGAGCUGGAGGAUGUGAUGAAGAAAGUCAGAGAGGCUCAGUCAACCAUCGCUGCUGCUAUCGAGCCAGAUGAUAAAAUUUGUUCGUCCAGUAGAUCUAGACGUUCCAGAAGGUCCAGGUCUCACUCUCUCUCCCCAUCACACUCAAGAAGAAAGCGAUCUAGAUCCAGGCACAGGGGACACCUGUCCCAGAGAUCCCGCCAGAGGGUGAAUGACUCCCAUGGGCCCCACAGGAGACGCUCACAUUCCCGAGAAAGGAAACACAGCCAGAGUCGAUCUCAUUCUAGGGACCCAAGGAAGGACAAGGACAGCAAAGCAAGGAAGGACGAUGACUGGGAAGAAAAGAGGCCGCGGGACAAAAAGGGAAGGACGCCUCCCAAAGGAUACAGUGGCUCUAGACGUUCCCACAGUAUAAGCAGAGUCCAUAAGAAAAGAAGCAGAUCUCGAUCCAGGUCACCAAGACGGAGAGCCAGGUCACCAUCACCAUCUAAAAGAGGCAGGAAAGAUAAAAAGAGGGAUAAAGGACGGUACGGUAGCAGGGAAAGGACAGAGACCUCAACGUCCAGGAGGAAAAGCAGGGAUUAUGAACAUAAAGCUAAACCAUCACUGAUGGAGAGGUGCUACAAGCAGGCGGACCACGAGUAUGAGAGUGACAUGGAUGGGUCGGGAUCUGUGGGUAGUGACGACAGAUCUCCUCAAGCUCAUCUCAACGGAAGCUAUAGGAGAACUUACGCCGAGGAGGAUGAUCUCUCUGCAGCUGAGUGAUUCACAUGUACCCAUAAUGCCAAGAACAGCGAUGUUGUGACUGGAGAGCAUAGCAUCAUGUAUCACACUGUAACAGCUGUCACUCCUUUUGAAGUGCUUUCUCUUGCGUCCAUUGCUAUGUGAUAGUAGGCUUCUGAAAAUGUUUUCUACUGCUGUGAAUAUUCUACCUGUCAUAUGAUAUUCAUAUGGAUGAAAAUGUAAAGUUUUGGAUAGUUCUUUAUUGUGAUGAGAGAUGCGGUUUAUUGAAUGAAGAUGCUUGUAUUGAGGUCACUUUUUUUUUUUUUUUAAAUCCGUUCUGCAUUUGUUUUCUUUUGCAUGUAACUUUGUGUUUACACUCUUGUGGAAAGAUGUUUUAUGCUAUUUUGUUUCUCUUUUUGGUCUCUCGUACUAAAACAAAGCCAUUAUUAGUGUGAAUCUAAAAAAGGAAAGGAAAAUAAGUUGUAUUUUACCUCAAAAUAAUGUAUUUUGCAUUUUGAAUUUUCUGUAAGUAAAUGUUCCUUAAAACUCUCAACACUGCUAUAAUGUAAAAAAAAAAAAAAAAAAAAUCUGGCCAGAUUUUUUUUAUUUUUUAUUUCACUUAUUCACAUUAAAGUGGAAAGGGAGUUGCUUAAUUGUGAUGAAAAUAAUACCAGAAAUUGAUUUUGGGGUACACUGAGAUUUAUCCACUCUACCAGGUCUUUUCCAUCAUUUCUGUUUACUGAAGUAAAAAAAAAAAAAAAAAAAAACAGUUAGUACAUGUGUAUUAUAACACUCUGAGUGAACUGUGUAGGAACACAGUGCAUGUUAAAAGUGCCUAGACAGUUUGUGACAACAGAAUAUUUAACAACACUGUAAAUCAAGUCAAAAGACUUAUUUAUCGAGUAUUAUACUAAAGCUUGUGUAAAAUGCAUAGUUUUAUCCUUAUUUUUUAACAGUAUUUUGUUUGAACCAGUGUAUACAGAGUCCUACAGUAAACUCUUCAUACAUUUUUAGUUGUGUGGCAGAUAUUCAGAUGUUUUAAUAGGUUUUCUAAGAAGCCUUUACUGAUGGAAGAGCACAGUAACGUUGUUAACAGUGACUGCUGUCUCAUUAAGAGUAACUACAAUUUAAAGCUUUAAGCUUCCGAAUAUUAUUUUUUUAUAUUGUCUUUUGUUUUCAGUCUAAUUUUGUAAGUGGGUAUAUAUAAAUAUAUACAGUACUUGUUAGCAGCAAAACUAAUAGGAUUAAGAAUGAAGUAACUUCUGAAUUAUAUCGAUUUGUGUGAUUUUGUGCAUCUAGACGUGUAUAAAAGAUUCUCCCUAACAUGAAAUUGACAUUAAAGAGUUAUUAUACUUCCA